AUGCCAACACAAGCCAGCUUAGGUAGAUUUCAUGUUGAGUGUAGAGCGAAUUUUGGAAGCCUCGCUGGAGCUAGAAAAAGUCGAACAAAGCUCUUGAAACACACGUUCGACCGAUGGAAAGUAGAAGGUCCAGGAACGGUUUCGCAGCAACCCCUCUACCAAAUCUCAGGUGACGCUCAGACCGCCUGCUGA